GGCCUAAGGGGUAAGCUGGGCCUGGGGUCUGCCUCAGCAUCCUGGGCACGUGGACAGGCCCGGCCUGGAGCCCGGCCCAGAGCAUCUCCUCGGUGCUGAUCUCCAUCCAGUCCCUGAUGACCGAGAACCCCUACCACAACGAGCCCGGCUUCGAGCAGGAGCGGCACCCCGGGGACAGCAAGAACUACAACGAGUGCAUCCGGCACGAGACCAUCCGCGUGGCCGUGUGCGACAUGCUGGAGGGAAAGUGUCCCUGCCCCGAGCCCCUCCGGGGUGUGAUGGAGAAAUCCUUCAUGGAGUACCUGGACUUCUACGAGGGCGUGUGCAAGGAGCGGCUGCACCUGCAGGGCCAGAGCAUGCAGCCUCCGUUCGGAUUCGGCCUUUUGGGAGGGGCUUUUCCCUCACCUGGAAUUCUCUGUGUCCCCCGUGUCCCCUCCCCGCUGCCACCACCCCACGGAGACGCCGGAGGGAGGAGGGACAAUUCCGGCCGGACUCUGGGACAAACUCCUUCGCCAAAUUGUAAAAUUCCGCGUUUUUUGGGAGCUCCGGGAGUGUCGGGAGCAGGUUCUGAGCUGCGGGUGACACGCAGAGGUGGCACUGGUGGCACUGGUGGCAGAGGUGGCACUGGUGGCACUGGUGGCACUGGUGGCACUGGUGGCAGAGGUGGCACUGGUGGCACUGGUGACACUCAGAGGUUCCCCCCGGGCAGAGUUUGGGGCAGCAGGAGCUCGGCGCUUGGUUCAGGACACAAAAAUCGGACAUUUCGUCCUCCCCCCGCUUCCCUCCCCACCGGUUUGGCCCCAGUUUGGAUCCUGCUGGAACUGGGAGAAAUUCCCAGCCCGGGAUCCUCAUCCCGAGGGGCAGCAGGAGCCCAAAUCCCCUGGGAUGAUUCCAGCCCAAAUCCCCCGGGAUUGCAGCAGCAGGAACAGGGGAAUGGGCGAUUUCUGAGGUGGAAAAUGGGGAAUUUCCAUGCUGGGAAAUGGGGAAUUUCCUUGCUGAGAAAUGGCAAUUUCUGAGGUGUAAAAUGGAGAAUUUCUGAGGUGGAAAAUGGGGAAUUUCCUUGCUGAGAAAUGGGAAUGUCUGAGGUGAAAAAUGGGGAAAUUCUGUGGUGGAAAACGGGGAAUUUCUGAGGUGGAAAAUACGGAAUUUCUGUGGUGGAAAAUGGGGAAUUUCUGUGCUGAGAAAUGGCAAUUUCUGAGGUGGAAAAUCAGGAAUUUCUGAGGUGGAAAACGGGGAAUUUCUGAGGUGUAAAAUGGGGAAUUUCCUUGCUGAGAAAUGGGAAUGUCUGAGGUGAAAAAUGGGGAAAUUCUGUGGUGGAAAACGGGGAAUUUCUGAGGUGGAAAAUACGGAAUUUCUGUGGUGGAAAAUGGGGAAUUUCUGUGCUGAGAAAUGGCAAUUUCUGAGGUGGAAAAUCAGGAAUUUCUGAGGUGGAAAACGGGGAAUUUCUGAGGUGUAAAAUGGGGAAUUUCCUUGCUGAGAAAUGGGAAUGUCUGAGGUGAAAAAUGGGGAAAUUCUGUGGUGGAAAACGGGGAAUUUCUGAGGUGGAAAAUACGGAAUUUCUGUGGUGGAAAACGAGGAAUUUCCAUGCUGGGUAAUGGGGAAUUUCCUUGCUGAGAAAUGGCAAUUUCUGAGGUGGAAAAUGGGGAAAUUCCUUGCUGGGAAAUGGGAAAUUUCUGAGGUGGAAAAGAGGGAAUUUCUGAGGUGGAAAACGAGGAAUUUCCGUGCUGAGAAAUGGCAAUUUCUGAGGUGGAAAAUGGGGAAUUUCUGAGGUGGAAAACAGGGAAAUUCUGAGGUGGAAAACGGGGAAUUUCUGAGGUGGAAAAUGAGGAAUUUCCAUGCUGGGAAAUGGGAAAUUCUGAGGUGGAAAACGGUGAAAUUCUGUGGUGGAAAACGGGGAAUUUCUGAGGUGGAAAAUAAGGAAUUUCUGUGGUGGAAAAUGAGGAAUUUCCAUGCUUGGCAAUGGGGAAUUUCCUUGCUGAGAAAUGGCAAUUUCUGAGGUGGAAAAUGGGGAAAUUCCUUGCUGGGAAAUGGGAAAUUUCUGAGGUGGAAAACAGGGAAUUUCUGAGGUGGAAAAUGAGGAAUUUCUGUGCUGAGAAAUGGCAAUUUCUGAGGUGGAAAAUGGGGAAUUUCUGAGGUGGAAAACAGGGAAUUUCUGUGCUGAGAAAUAGCAAUUUCUGAGGUGGAAAAUGGGGAAUUUCUGAGGUGGAAAACGGGGAAUUUCUGAGGUGUAAAAUAGGGAAUUUCCUUGCUGGGAAAUGGGAAUGUCUGAGGUGAAAAACGGGGAAAUUCUGUGGUGGAAAACGGGGAAUUUCUGAGGUGGAAAAUAAGGAAUUUCUGUGGUGGAAAAUGAGGAAUUUCCAUGCUUGGCAAUGGGGAAUUUCCUUGCUGAGAAACGGCAAUUUCUGAGGUGGAAAACGGGGAAUUUCUGAGGUGGAAAACAGGGAAUUUCUGAGGUGGAAAAUGGGGAAAUUCUGAGGUGUAAAACAGGAAAUUUCUGAGGUGGAAAAUGAGGAAUUUCCAUGCUGGGAAAUGGGGAAUUUCCUUGCGGAUAAAUGGCAAUUUCUGAGGUGGAAAAUGGGGAAAUUCCUUGCUGGGAAAUGGGAAAUUUCUGAGGUGGAAAAGAGGGAAUUUCUGAGGUGGAAAAUGAGGAAUUUCUGUGCUGAGAAAUGGCAAUUUCUGAGGUGGAAAACAGGGAAUUUCUAAGGUGUAAAACAGGAAAUUUCUGAGGUGGAAAAUGAGGAAUUUCCAUGCUGGGAAAUGGGAAAUUCUGAGGUGGAAAACGGUGAAAUUCUGAGGUGGAAAAUGAGGAAUUUCCUUGCUGAUAAAUGGGAAUUUCUGAGGUGGAAAACAGGGAAUUUCUGAGGCGGAAAACGGGGAAUUUUCCCCAAAAUCUCGGGAAUUGUUUCCCCUUUCUCCACCCCAACCCCCGGGGCUGGUUUGGAUUUAACCCUCGAGGGGACCCGCAGGUGAAGGGGUCGGUGCCACCUCCUCGCUGUCACCUUUGUCACCCCUGGGGCGGGGCUGGGCAGCUUUUCCAGCUUUUCCAGCUUUUCCAGGGAUGGGAAUUCCCGUCCCUUCCCGUGACAAUCCCCCAGCCGCUGCCCUGGGCAGAGACGUUUUAGGAAAGGGAUUUUUAGAGACUGGAAUGGAGCUGAGAACAAUAAAUGCACACGAGUCACUCGGA